GGUAUCACCAUCGCCACACCAGGAGGCACAACAAACGGUUGUCAUGCAAACACAACUUUACCGCGUGCGAACCGCACACAAUUAUGGGAGUGCGACUGCGGACAGCUGUUUGGGUGGUGUUUCACAGAUAGAACACACACGCGUACAUGUUGUGUUGUUUAUGUUCGAAAUGGCUAGAAGAACCGUCGAGGAUUUCAACGGUUUUGUGACGACCCGUCCUCCAGCGCCGAGGAAAUCGGUCGUACCGAUUCCGUUACCGGGCCGAACGAAAGCUGCGGUGGCUGCGACGGCUAAUAGCAGAAAAACUACACGGUUCAAAAACGAAUCGGCACCGCGGCCGCCACCUGUCAAGAAAAAGGAAAAGAUUCCAAACAAUGUUAAACACAAAAAAGAGACAAUGAAACAAAAUGAGAUUAAAAUGGACCAAAUAGAAAAAGAAAUUGUUACUAUUCAUAAUGAUAAGACUGUAGUAGACUGCUCAUCCGACGUAUCAGAUAAUCAAGAGUACGAAGAUGACUUUGAAGAUUAUGAAUCCGAUUUUGAAUCCGACACUUCCAUAGAUUCAACACCACUAGGGUCAUCAUCACAACAAAUUAUGACCGAACAAUCGAUUUCAAAUAACAUAGGCUCCAAGUUCGCUUUACCCGUGUGUGUGGAAGAAAAAUUAGAACCUUUCUUAGAUGAGAAGUUUGAAAUCAACUCGUUAGAACAGAUCAUUGAAAGGGGUUUAAAUAAUUUCAAAACGGCAAGAAAGAGGAAACAAGAACAAGAAGCAAAAGAAAACCUCCAAAAUAGAGGAAAUGUAUUAAUGGAAAUGAUUAAGUUGGAUACAGUGAGUUAUUCAUUGUUGGAUUUGCCAGCAAUACCUUAUGAGCAAUACAUAAAAAUGUAUGGCCGUUCAAACAUGGCACAGGUCCAAACACAAACUGGUGAUGACAAUGCGGAGAAGGAAAUUCAAACGAAUGAGAUUGAAUUAUCCGAAAAAUGGACACAACGGCCUAUAUUAUUAACAAACGAAUCGGAUUGUCUUUCGUCUGAUUAUUUAAGUAUGAAGCCAGCUGGUGGUCAUCGUCUGGUGCGCGUAGCGACCGUAGACUCGAAAAGAGUGUCCGCAGUUGGCCGAAUGAUGUUAAUGAUUUUAGAACAGCAGACAAUGGGACAAGUCGAACGGCUGUUAAUGUCUAAUAAAAACAACUUGGAAUUCAGCUCCGGACACCUGAGUCCAGCGAUAUCAGCAAUCAAAUUCCUCGCCAACUGUCCCGUAACGUUGAUAGAGUUUGCUCAAAUAACGUCUUCUAUCGAGUCCGUUGCUACGACGCACGAGGUGAUAGAUUCGUAUUGUACUCAAUAUGUAAUAUGCAUUUGGAAUACAUCAAAUAUGGAAAGCCCUGAGUAUAUUCUUAAAUGUCUUAAUCGUAUAACAUCGAUUUGCAUCAUUCCCAAGUCAAACAGUGGAAUUGUCAUGACUGCGCACGUAGAUGGGAGCAUAUGCGUGUGGGAUUUAAGAGAAAGCAAAUUGUAUCACCAGCAAAUGGAUGGUAUCCCUUAUACAAUACGUUCUCCGUCUUUCAACACAGCGAUAUCCAUCAACCAAGGUCACAGAUCAAAAAUAAUCGCGUUACGCGUGGUAACGUACAAUAGCGCUGGCUGUAUGGAUGAAGAGUCACCAGAAGAGCUCUGUAGUUUGGACGAGGAUUUCCUAUUAACCAUGUGGGUUGUCAUGGAUAAUUGGUUUCACGGUUCCGAAAUAAUUGAACACAGAUGUGCUGGAACUGCGCCUUUAAGUUCUAUGAGGCUGGUGAAAACUCAAACAAUCAAAGCUAUUAAAAAUAUUCCCAAAUAUUUGUCCGAUGGUGUCGUAGCUACUUGCAUGUGUUUGAAUAACAAUCAAGACGCUUUUAUAGGUACCAACUCUGGACUGAUUUUUCGGUGUAAUUUAGGAGGACAUGAAGUAUGGCCAAAAUAUUACACCUAUGGCGAAAUAGGAGAACAUUUCUCUAUUAAUUGGUUGGAUAUCUGUCCAUUUGACAUGAAUUAUUUUUUGGCUGCAUUUUCAAAUAACGAGGUCAUUUUAUACCGCACGAGCCGACGGGUAGCGUUAAAGAGAUUUUUCACAUCUUCGAGUACGCCGAAAACGUUGGCGGUCCUCGUAAAGGCUCAAUGGUGCUCCGGAUUUCCUGGCAUCGUUUUCGGAUUGGAUUCACUGUCCAACGUACACUUGUGGGACUUAUGCAACGACGUUACAAUGCCAAUGAUAUCGGUGCCGGCACGGAAAAAAGCUACAAUAACAUCCAUGUCUUUAACGACAACGAGGAAAAAUCAAAACACCUUCGCUGGAUUAGCGUUUACUAAUGGUGAAGUGGAAUUGCAUCGAGUUCAAUUAGACAAUAGCAGAACAGUAGAAAAUGGAAUUGAACAUUGUGAUGUGUUAUCAAAUUUUUUGGCAAAUUUAUGAAUGAAAAAUUUUAACCAUUGUAUUAUUACGCAUAAGGUGCCAGUAAUAAUAAUAUAUUAAAUGUAAUAGUACAAUAUAUUUCACUAUUUUUAA